AUGUCCUCGAUAUUAGGGAUGAUCAAUAUUCAUUACAGAUACGAAGACUCACCUGGGCUCAGGCACAGUUGUGGUGUCUGCGGUACACCUCUGAACCAUCCACGCGCGAGGAAAUCGUGUAUUACAAGACAUACAGAGCCAUGCAUUGCGUUCCAUCACACUUUGUUCCGUGUGGGAAGAGGCCACUCGUGUGAGCCAUGCAACAAGUCCAGAGAAAUGCACUUGAAGCGACACCGCGAGCUUCUCGAGACUAUCCGUGACAUCCAUGGCAAGAUGGAACUCAAGACACCCAUUCCAAGUCUGAGUCAGAUCGAAGAGCUCAUACAUGGAUAUCGCCAUGAAAAUCUAGGAGCCAAUCGUACCGCCCUCGAUAGAGCGAUGAUUAGAGACGUCGAGCGUCGCGAGAAGCUUAGCGCAGAUAUGGAUAGACGACCUCCCGCAACCAUGGACAACGAGCUGCUCCGAGAGAUCGCUAAGAAAUUCGGAAUCAUUGUUAAAGGAAAACUACCCAAAGAUCUUCAAGUCUCAAUUCUGCGUCUUUGCGAGAGACUGGUCAAGGACAUUGACACCCUCUGUAACGAGUCCAGAGAAACGAUGAAACGCCAAUUCGGCUAUUAUCGUUAUGCUGACAAACGAUCGUUUAACGUAUUGCUCAGACGAAUCGACCCAAACAACACGGAGGAUCUUCUUGAAAUAACUGACGAUGAAGGAGGCAAUGAUGGCGAUGACGAUGAAGACGAUGAAGACGAUGCCCGGCAACCUGCCCCCCCUCCGCCUCCUCCAAAGAGAAACUCAAGAAACAGGCCUCCUUCGAGGACUACAGGGCCCAUGACCAUCACCAUCGUCCCCAACGCGCCGAGGGAUGGCCCGUUGCCUCCAAGAACUCCCAACCAUCCUAUCGGAACACCCUUGAUCAGAAAGGAGGACCGAGAGGAAGAGAGAUAUUGA